CGUUUUAUCUGAUCUUCAAAAGUUCCUCUUGCUCCUGUACAAAAGCCAUCAGUUCCACAUGCCAAGCCAAACUUCUAUUGUGGUACUCAAGAUUUAAAUUUUGCACAUCAAAGUUUUGCGCGAUUGCAUGGUGGAUUUUUUGGGAUUCCACACAUGAUUUCCGUUGUUAAACUUCUAGGAUCUAGGUCUUUACCGUGGCUUAUCUGAGCACUGCUGGAUCAUAUAUCAAACAAGAUUGCUACACUUGAGCCUAUGAUCACAGGCUUGCAAGAAGCACUGCCGAAAUCAAUUGGACUUCUUCCUUUUGAUGGGGGUGUGACAGGAUGUAUGAGGCUCGUUAAAGAGCAACUCAGCUGGGGAACAAAACCAGAGCUCAAAGCAGAAGUUCUUCGCGGAAUAAAGGAGAUUGGGAGUGUAUUAUAUUGGAUGGGGCUCCUUGAUAUUGUUUUGAGAGAGUUGGAUACCACACAUUUCAUGCAAACAGCAGGUUGGUUGGGCUUGCUUCCUGGUGCAGAUGGGCAAACAUUGUAUUCACAAAAUGGUGGAGACAGCCCUGUUGUCAACCUCUUCAAAUCUGCUACAGCUGCAAUUGUGUCGAACCCUAGGGCUGUCAAAUACGGGAAGUGUGUUAGAAUACGCACUUGCAUUUACAAGUGCAGCAUUAGAUAAAUAUUGCAGUAAAUGGAGUGCUGCUCCAAAGACUGGGU